CGCGUGCUUGUUUCAAAUAAUUUUACACGUUCAGCUGCCGACAGUGUACUCGGUAGGUGCGCCCUAAACAAAGCUGAGUUUGCGAAGCGAGAACACUGGAAAGCGCAUCUUCCAAGUCGGAGAAAAGGUGAACGCGAAGGGACCUCUCGUCAAAUCUGAACUAUGGAGCGCUCAAAACAGAGUCACGACAACCAAGCUGACAGUAGACCGACUGCAAACGAAAGUUCUCUUAACGGACACUUUGACAGCUUGGUAAAAAAAGACACCCGGAAUGUGGGAUGUCAAGGGACGGGGACCGCCGGUGAGUCGAGUUCGCACACAGGGUCGUCAGUCGUGGAAAACUGGAAGCAUGAGCGCACCCGAAGUAUAGAAGACAACGAGAUGAGCUUGCCUAGUCUAGCAGCUGCCUACACCACUAUUAUCCGGGGACUCGGGGAAGACCCGCAAAGACAAGGACUUCUCAAAACUCCGUGGAGAGCCGCAACUGCGAUGCAGUUCUUCACCAAGGGAUACCAGGAGAAAAUAAUAGAUGUGCUGAACGAUGCCAUCUUCGACGAGGACCACGAUGAGAUGGUUAUCGUGAAGGACAUCGACAUGUUCUCCAUGUGCGAGCACCACCUGGUGCCCAUCUUUGGCAGGGUCCACAUAGGCUAUCUCCCCAAUAAAAGGGUGCUGGGCCUCAGCAAGCUGGCCAGGAUUGUUGAAAUCUACAGCCGUCGACUGCAAGUUCAAGAGCGGUUGACCAAACAAAUCGCUGUGGCGAUCACUGAAGCUCUGCAGCCUGCCGGGGUGGGCGUCGUCAUCGAGGCAACUCACAUGUGCAUGGUGAUGAGGGGGGUGCAGAAGAUGAACAGCAAGACUGUGACCAGCACCAUGCUGGGGGUGUUCCGGGAGGACCCCAAGACACGGGACGAGUUCCUCACCCUAAUCAGGAACUGAGAGGGACGGCUGGCCCACGAACCUGCUGCCCAGCCCAGCGCAGCGCAGACCCCUCUCCCUGUGGCCUGCCUGGAGCUAGAGCCGUCCACACAGCAGUUUUGGUAUGAAGCCUAGAGUCCGGGCUUGCAGAGAGUGUGUGUGUGUGUGUGUGUGUGUGUCUAUCCCUCCACUCCCUUCCAAAUAAUCACACACAUCACAUGGUCGCAUGACAUAGCUGUCUUGUGUGUGUAUCAAAUCAAAAUCAAAUGUAUUUAUAUAGCCCUUCUUACAUCAGCUGAUAUAUCAAAGUGCUGUACAGAAACCCAGCCUAAAACCCCAAACAGCAAGCAAUGCAGGUGUAGAAGCACGGUGGCUAGGAAAAACUCCCUAGAAAGGCCAGAACCUAGGACAUGACAGUCUUGCCAGUCUUGACAACCUAGGACAUGACAGUCUUACUAAAUGGUGUCUGUCAGGUGGCUGGCUUAACCUAAAAAGGAAUAGUUUGGGUCAAUGAUUAGUGUUUCUUAUGGUUGCUUAAUUUAAAGGACUUUGAUCCUGUAAAAAAAGAAAAGAAGUAACUUUUCAUUAGAUCGAACCUCCAAGUACGACAAAGAUACUUACACCUACGUAGAAACAUCCUAACAUUAAAAUCAAUGUUUUUUUUAGAAGCAUUGUUUUAUUCUUUACUUCUUUCCUGAUAUAUUUUUGCAAGAUAUCUUUAUCCAAAGUAAGCUAGGCCCAGUAGGACCAUAUGUCAGUUUUAACUUUUUAUUUUAUUGACCCUUUAUUUAACUAGGCAAGUCAGUUAAGAACAAAUUCUUAUUUACAAUGACGGCCUACCA